CCAGUCUACCUUCAUGGUCUACCAGCUGCAAAUAGGAUAUAUUAUUUGUCUUCUUGUGUCUUGCAGGUUUCAGCAAAUAUCUUGGUCCCGAGUGGCAGGUGUCUGAGUCUCCUGGCGUGAAAGAGGAAGUGGAGCACCCACAUAUGAAACGGGAAGAGCCAGAGCACCCUCAACAGCAAAAAAGAGAAAUGCAACUUCCAAUCAAAAAGGAGGAAGUAGAGCUGCCAUACGUUAAAGAGGAGGACGAUGUCACCAUGUCGAUUGGUGAGCCCUUGAAGAGUGAGAAUGGUCCGAGUGAGGCCAGCAGAGGGACGGAGCCUCCAAGCAGCAGCUCAGCAGAAGCAUUGCGAGCACACAUUUUCAUUGCACCAUCAGAUGGAAAUGGCGCCACGUCACACUCACCUGACAAAGAUGAUUUUCAUAAGAAAUCUAACUGUGAGGGCAAACUCUGCAAAUGCUCUUGCAGUGGGAAAACCUUUACUUCUAAGUAAACUUGUCGUACGCAUAUGAGGAGGCACACUGACGAAAAACCUUUUUCCUGCUCAGAUUGUGGUCAAGGAUUCCGUUAUAAGAGUGGCUUAAAAGUACACACAAGAACCCACACUGGUGAAAAACCUUUUUCCUGCUCAGUUUGUGGUCAAAAAUUCACUCAGAAGAACAACUUGGACAGACACACAAGAACCCACACUGGUUUCAGCAAAUAUCUUGGUCUCGAAUGGCAGGAGUCGGAGUCUCCUGGCGUGAAAGAGGAAGUGGAGCACCCACAUAUGAAACAGGAAGAGCCAGAGCACCCUCAACAGCAAAAAAGAGAAGUGCAACUUCCAAUCAAAAAGGAGGAAGUAGAGCUGCCAUACGUUAAAGAGGAGGACGAUAUCACCAUGUCGACUGGUGAGCCCUUGAAGAGUGAGGCCAGCAGAGGGACGGAGCCUCCACGCAGCAGCUCAGCAGAUGGAUUGCAAGCACACAUUUUCAUUGCACCAUCAGAUGGAAAUGGCAACACGUCACACUCACCUUACAAAGAUGAUUUUCAUAAGAAAUCUCACUCUGAGGACAAACUCUGCAAAUGCGCUAUCUGUGGGAAAACCUUUACUUCUAAGCAAACUUGUUGUACAUAUAUGAGGAGCCAUACUGGUGAAAAACCUUUUGUCUGCUCAGUUUGUGGUCAAAAAUUCACUCAGAAGAACAACUUGGACAGACACACAAGAACCCAUGCUGGCGAAAAACCUUUUUCCUGCUCAGUUUGUGGCCAAAGAUUCAGUCAAAAGGGUAGCUUAAACGAACACAUAAGAACCCACACUGGCGAAAAACCUUUUUCCUGCUCAAUUUGUGGUCAAAGAUUCAGUCAAAAGAGCACCUUCAACACACACUUGAGAACCCAUACUGGCGAAAAACCUUUUUCCUGCUCAGUGUGUGGUAAAAAAUUCACACACAAGAGCAGCUUAAACACACACUCAAGAACACACACUGGCGAAAAACCUUUUUCCUGCUCAGUUUGUGGCCAAAGAUUCAGUCGAAAAGGUGGCUUAAACGAACACACAAGAACCCACACUGGUGAAAAAGCUUUUUCCUGCUCAGUUUGUGGUAAAAAAUUCACUUGGAAGAGCAACUUAAGCGCACACUCGAAAACCCACACAGGCGAAAAACCUUUUUCCUGCUCAGUUUGCGGUCAAAGAUUCGCCCUGAAGGAAUACUUAACAAAACACACAAGAAUCCAUACUGGUGAAAAACCUUUUUCCUGCUCAGUUUGUGGUCAAAGAUUCAGUCACAAGAGCGAAGUUAACACACACACUAAAAUCCACACUGGUGAAAAAGCUUUAUCCUGCUCAGUUUGUGGUUAGAAAAAAAAAAUCAGUCACUAGAACACCUUAAACACACAAGAAUCCACACUGGUGAAAAAUCGUUUUCCUGCUCAGUUUGUGGUCAAGGAUUCAUUGGAAGGAUCGGAUGAAGAGACACGUGGUAUGAGAAGCAGUGGCCAAUGACUGUUUUGUCUGUCUUCAAUGAUUGCUACAUCAGAUUUUGCUCGCAGAACGAUUGUAUUCUGUAAAGCUUCCUCAAAUCCUGUUGAAAACUGAUACUUUUGGUGCCUUGCGUGUGCUUUGUCCUAUUCUUGUAUGAUGUGCAUCCACACUAUUGCCAGAAGUAUUGUCUCACCUGAUUUAAAUCUCGAGUGAAGCACUAGAGCAACAAGUUCUUUAACACACGACAAUAAUCAUAAUAAUAAAUCCUGUCGUACGUUGUUGCCAAAGAAGUAAUCCUUCUUUCGUCCGAGUCCGUCUGCUUUGCUUUUUCUGGGCAAUUAUAACAAGUGAUCGAACUGGAGGGCAGUCCGCCAGUUUUCUGAUUGGUUAGCUUUGUGGCACAUUUGCUAAAUGUGUGCUAAACUGAUAGCGCAGAGAAAGCGUUGAUUGACAGAUUGCGCGGUGGGGGGAAUUGAGCGUGUAAAACUAACACGCAAACAUAA